GCCUCCGAGACUCGCUAGGUUUGCCAAACCAAUUCCCCAUAGGGGUCCUUAGAGAGACCAAUCCUCUUCCCUCUCACUCUCGCUCUCUAUCUCUUCCUUUCUCUCCUCUUUCAAUGGCUUCCUCAUCUUCCAGAACAAAGUCAAGUGGACCCGUUCUACGCUCUCUCUCACCCUCCACCAGAUUCUGUUCCUACACCACAUCCAAAACCCCUUUCUCUUCCCCUUCUUCAGCCUUUGCUUCCUCCACAGGCUCCACCUUCUCCUCUCCCUCCUCCACCUUCUUCACCAACACUCGUCACCAAAACUCCCACACAAACCACCACACUCAUCACCGUGCGGCUUCCCCCACACGUGUCAAUCUAUACUCGCCCACUCCUCCUUCCUCUUCCGUACGCUUCUCCAUCGACCCCCGUUCCAUCUCUCCCAACCGCUCAAUCUCCAACCAGAUCAUCACCAAGAACAGCCGUCCCAUCUCUGGCCACAAGAAAACCUGCAUGUGUUCCCCUACCACACACCCUGGCUCCUUCCGAUGCAGCCUCCACAAGAGCACUGGCAGCAACAACCACCACGCCGAUUCGUACCCUUCCAAUCGCCUCAACAUGCGCAGAUCCGCGAUGAAGAACUCGCUCGUGAGGAUCGGAGGCGUGGAGGGCGAGUGGGUGAAACGUGCCCUAACCGCGCUUAUUCGGCCCAGUUCUCAUCAGCAAAGGAGGAGAGCGGCCUUCGAGCCCAGGCCCAGCCGUCUCUCUGUCAUGUCCAAGGCCCAGGAUCUUUGAUUUUUUUUUCAAUUUAAUUUUACAGGUUCGUUCUCCAUUUUACUGCUAUUGCGGUGGUUUACCCACCCCUAGCGCCCUGAUCUGCCGCCAGAGUUGGAUUCCGGCGAAGCGGUUUGGAGGUAGCGGCGAGUCCUCUCCGGCGAGUUUUGAUUUCGUCGUCUGGAGCAGCAGAUUGGUGAAUUGUCUUCUUGGCGCAUUUCCCCAUAGAUCUAUGACACUGGACCCACACACACAAUUGCUAUUGUACAUAACUUUUGCUAUGGAAGCAGAGUUUUGGACCGAUUGUCAUUUUUGCCUUUUCCAUGGUUAAA